UUAGCAGACACAGUUUCAAUGUAAAUGUUACUGGAACCUGCAGGUAAUGGGGGGUCUUCAUGGUAAAAAGAUGAAUGUGGAGGGGAGCAGCUGUGAGUUGUGGUUGGAGGAGGAACUCCAUCAUUUAGAGAAGUGAGUGAGUUUGUCGGUGAAGGAGGAAGAGAAGCAGCAUUAAACCAUCAGAGCUUCAACAUGAAAGUCCGACACAGUCUGAUCUGCUUCUUCCUCCUCAGCCUCAUCAAUGCAGAAAUCCCUGUUCAUGAAGGAACUGAAGGAGGAAACAUCAAAGUCACCUGCGACUUCAACUUCUCUGGAAAGAAAAAGUUCUUCUGUAAAGAAGAAUGUGAAGGAGGAAACGUUCUCAUUAAAACAACUGAUGUCAGAGAUCAGAGUGGCAGAUACAGCCUUGAAUAUAAGGAAGGAUUUUAUCCAGUAUAUUCUACAAUUCUGUAUGUGAGCAUCUCACAGCUGACCAAGUCUGACUCAGGACGGUACAGUUGUGGUUUGGAAAGAACUCUGUUACCUGAUGAAUUUUCAGAGUUUGAGAUCAGAGUCUCAGAUGCUCCGACCACUUCAGUCCCAUCAGCCUCCGCUCCACCAGGAAGCUUCACACCUUCAUCAUCCUCCCCUGAAACCACAGAGCAGUCUGACCAGCAGCAGACUGACAGACCAACAGCACCACCUGCACCACCUGCAUCACCUGCAUCACCUUCACCACCUGCGCCACCUUCACCACCUGCACCACCUGCACCACCUGCAUCACCUGCAUCACCUUCACCACCUGCGCCACCUUCACCACCUGCACCACCUGCACCACCUGCAUCACCUGCACCAGGGUGGAGCAACAGCGAGGCAGAAGGUGUUAAAGUGAAAGAUAAGUGA